AUGGCAAAGUCUAAUAAGGAGUUAGAAGGCUGGGAGAUCAUAACGAAGGACCAAAAUGGAAAUAUAAUCGGUGAUGAUGAUACCCAUAGUCGACGUUCUCGAAGGGGUAGAGGCAUUGAGAGGCAUUAUCUAAGAAGAAAAUCAGAUGCUGUCCAAUUUGGAUGUGGUGACAAUGUUAUAUUUAGAGAUGCGAGCGAUAAUGAUGGCGAAGUUACCGUAUAUUUCAUUUUUGAUAUCAGACUCAAUACUCUGAACAAUUUGGUGGAAGUGUGGGCUUUUAAUUACUUAAAAUGGCACGAGCUCGAUGCUGAACUCUAUUAUAAGCAGUUCCAUCCAAAAGUGUUGGAAUCAACUGAACCUGAAGGACAUUUUGCCAAGUUGCUAGAGGAUGAGCUAGAUAAGAAAGAACUAUUCUUCGCUCUACAGCAUAACGAACUACAACUAACAGAUUUUGUUUCUUUGGCUAAUAUUAUGGAUAUGGGCAGCUGGAUUGAUCCCAAGACUAAAAAGAAUGCUUCCACAGAUUUCUUUGUUAGAUAUAUAUGUUUACCAGAUGGUAGUCAUUUUGUUCCAAUAGAUAUGGCGGUAGAGAAAGAAACCGUUCAAAAUAUGAAACCAAAAGAGGCAGAAGAACACUUUAAGGAUAUUCUAUUUCCUCAAAGUAAAUCCUCAAAUAAUAUCAAGAGUACUGGAAAGAAGAAAGGAACUGUCUCGAAAGGGCAACCUCAAUUGAAAAAGAUUAAAAUUGAAAGUGAUAGUUCCUUUGAAAGUGAAUUUGAUUCUGGAGAAGAUGAAGAUGACAAUAGUGAUGCGAUUGACGAUUCGGAAGUUGUCGACUACGAGGAUGAAGAAGAUGCAGAUGAAGAUCUAAGUGAAAAUGCAGACGAUGAAAGCGAAAACCAAGACAUUAGUGAUGUUGUGGAAGAAGAAGAAAAGUCCAUUAGAAAAAGAAGAGGUCGCCCUAAAAAGAUUAAAAGCGACACUCCUACACUUAAGGUCCCUCAUGCACCCAAAACCGUCAAGGUGAAAGCACCAAUGAUCAGAAAAUUUACGAAGAAAAACGUUGCUCGUGCUAAAAAGAAGUAUACGCCAUUUUCCAAAAGGUAUAAAUCAAUCAAAGAUGUACCAGAUUUAACUAAACUUGCUGAAUUCAACCAGAAAUCAACAGAAGCUAUCUUUCAUGAAUUAGAAACUAAAUUAAAUACAACAAAAAAGCAUAAAAUUGUGGAGACUAUUUUUUCAAAAGUUAAGAAACAAUUGUACUCAUCUCAUGGUAAAGAGGAAAUCGUGAAAGCUGGUAAUUUUGAUGAUUACCUACCAGCACGUGAAAAUGAAUUUGCAUCUAUAUAUUUGAGCGUGUACAGCGCUAUUGAAUCUGGUUCUGCAACUACAGUAUAUGUAGCAGGUACUCCGGGUGUGGGUAAAACAUUGACUGUCAGAGAGGUUAUCAGAGAAUUGCAAUAUUCAGUCCAACAGGAGGAAUUACCUGUAUUUCAUUACGUAGAAAUCAACGGGCUUAAAAUGGUAAAACCAACUGACAGUUAUGAAGUGCUGUGGAACAGAAUCUCUGGUGAAAGGCUUACUUGGGGUGCUGCAAUGGAAUCAUUAGAAUUUUAUUUUAGCAAAGUCCCCAAGGUAAAAAAACGUCCAAUUGUCGUCUUAUUAGAUGAACUAGAUGCCCUUAUCAAUAAAAAUCAAGAUAUCAUGUACAAUUUUUUCAACUGGACCACAUAUGAAAAUGCAAAUCUGAUAGUUAUAGCUGUUGCUAAUACAAUGGAUCUACCGGAGCGUCAAUUAGGUAACAAAGUUUCAUCCAGAAUCGGGUUUACAAGAAUCAUGUUUAGUGGGUAUACACACGAAGAAUUGAAAAAUAUUAUCGAUUUCAGAUUGCAAGGUCUAAAUAACUCAUAUUUUUAUGUUGACACAAGGACAGGUAGCGCACAUCUGAUUGAAAAUGCAGACGAAGAACAAGAUAUCGAAAAUAAAUUACCACCUGGUAUCAAGAGAGUUCGUCUUAAGAUGAGUACUGAUGCCAUUGAAAUUGCAUCGAGAAAAGUUGCGAGUGUCAGUGGUGAUGCAAGAAGAGCAUUGAAGGUUUGCAAAAGGGCAGUAGAAAUUGCAGAACAGCGUUAUAUGGCAAAGCAUGGAUAUGCUUAUGACGGACAAAAGAUAGUAGACGGCGAUGAUGAUACCCCUGAAGAAAAGGAGACGGACGUCGAUGGGAAUGAAGUUGAAGCACAGACAGUCCAGAUUAGUCAUAUAAUGAAGGCACUUAAUGAGACCAUCAAUACAAAUUCCACAACAUUUAUCACUAGAUUGUCAUUCACUGCAAAAUUAUUUCUUCAUGCAUUAUUAAAUUUGGCUAAAAAGACGGGACUACAGGAACAAUCGCUAGGGGACGUUGUAGAUGAGAUUAAACUAGUACUUGAUGUUAAUGGCAACAAUAAAUUUAUAUUAGGAAUUGCAGAGGCCCUAUAUCAAAAGGGAGGAGCUAAUGUUUCUGAACAACUUAGAAUAAUAUCGUGGGAUUUUGUAAUGGGACAGUUAAUAGAAGCCGGUGUUCUCAUAAGGCAAAACAUGAAGAAUGAAAGAAUAAGCUGUGUCAGAUUGAACAUAUCGGAGGAAGAUGUCCUGAGGGCUAUCGAGCAGGAUGAAACAUUGAAGGGGUUGUAG